GACGGCCUUCGCUGCGCAAUCAGCCCAUAACCGAGGAGAGCACCCCCACGACGGACCAUGGCCUUCGCCGGCGACGGGGAAGACGCCGGCGACCCGGUGGUUCUUGAGAUCACUGACACAUCCUCCGCCGCCGCCUCCGGUGCUCCCUCCUUGCCUUGUCCCGCGCCGGUCUGCGUCUCCUACCUCGCACGCUUCGACCCGCUUCCGUCCCCAACCGUCGCCGUUCGCGCCGACCGGCACAGGCUAAUCGAGAGCUCCUCCUACUUCCGCGCACUACUCGGCGGCAGCUUCAGUGAGUCGGGCAGAGCAUAUGUGCAGGUCGGCUGCAAUUUGGAGGCUGCCGUGCAAGUGCUACGCUAUCUGUUUGAGCCUUCCGAGAGCUUCACCAUCACGCCCGACAAUUUCCUCCCGCUAUUGGAGGGAGCCUUGUUCCUUGCUGUUGAGGGCCUUCUAGUGGAGUGUGAAAGAUGGUUCCGCACCAUGUGCUCUCAAACUUCUGCAACGAUAGUCCCACUGGAUUUCAUAAUUGAAGUCUGGUACUUUGCUCAAGAGCAUGGUGUUACUUUUGUUCAAGACAUAUGCCCAGAAUAUCUAGCUCAGAAUUUGGCACAUGUUAUCUCAAGGAGGUCAUUUAAUAAAAUACCUUAUGGUUUGUUAUGUUCAACCAUUGAAUGUCCACAUCUGACAGUUGAUAGUGAAAAACAAUUGUGCGAAGCAAUUUUAUAUUGGGUUUCAGAAAAUACGAAACCCUGUGAACGACCAAAUCCCAACUCAGUAGAUGACCAUCUCUUCCUUCUUAGCAAGGUAAAGAUAUGCCUUUUACCAUUGGAAUUUGCGACAGGGACAAAGAGGCAUUGGUUUGACUUUGGAAGCAACACUGUGUGUACAAUUCUUAAUCUUCUCAAGGACAGUUUGAAGACUCUAAUGGAUGCCAUUGCUGACGGUAAUAUGGAAGGAUAUUGCAUCCGAAUAACAGAAUAUUCGAAGAACAUAGUGCUUUCAGGAUGCCCACAAAUAACUACAGCAUUCUUGUACAUAUCUGUUCUCCCUACUUAUCUGGAUGUUUCAUUUAAGAGAAGGAUAGUAAGUUCAUACACCCAGGUUGAUCAUCAAAGCUUGAUUCUUUAUGAUGAACUUGAGAAGUCUGCUAAAACCUUAUUAUUUAGGAAUGUGCACAUGGUGGAUCUUUCGAAAUGUCCAAAUGUUCAUUUCGGUGCAGCAAUUGACUGGUUAAAGUUGGCUUUUCCUGAACUAAGGAUACUCAAGGCUUUAUAUUGUUUGUCAUUUCAGUUUGAUGAUUUGCUAUAUCUGUUACUGAGAUGUCCAUGGAUUGAUGAAAUUGAUAUGGCUAUUGAUAAAAGCACCAUAACACCCAGACAGUCAGUAGUCUCUUCUAGUUCUGAAGUCCUAGGAAAAUUGAAGCGAAAUUCAAGAAAAUAUUACAUAUCAUGUCCAUCGUAUGACAGGCAACCGAAUUUAGUUUUCUUAAACAUAUCAAGGCUGACAUUGGAGGGCAGAGAUGAUAUUGAUGAUGUGGACUUGCUGAAGAUAUCUGUGCUGAAAAAUUCUCUCUGUUAUAUAAACAUUAGAAACUGCACCCUGUUGACAGAUGAUGGUAUUUCAAACUUUCUGUUGAAAUGUACAAAGAUCCAUUCAAUGAUUGUUUCUUAUACUUCUUUUGGAAAUCGGUCAAUUCAAACGCUACAUGAUAUGACAUUUAAUAUACAAGAAUUACAUCUGGGUGGCUGCAAAGGUAUUGAUGCUGCUGCUAUGUCCCAGCUAAUGGGCAUGAUAAAUAACACAACGUUUCUGUGCUUAAGGGAAACAUCACUUACAGAUGAUGCACUUUGCAAGUUUUUUGGCAGUAGUCUUGAGUAUCUUGAUGUUUCAGAGACUGUGGUUUCUAUGUCAUCUUUAGCACCAGUUAUACGGAGAAAUUGUAAUUUGAACUGUCUGAAAACAGCUGGAUGCCGUAGUCUUCUGUUUGAACGUGAUAAAGUAGAACACAUCAGUGGUAACAAGUACGGAGAUUUUCUACAGGAGAUAGGAAGUACUUGUUUGGAGGAUGUUGAAAUGGGCUGGGGAUUUUGCCCUAUUCAAAUCGAAGACCUUAUUCCUUCUUUUAGUAAAGUAAGGAAUAUGGCUGUUGGCCUUGGCACAACAUUAGCGGAGAAUGUACUGCAUUCUCUUCCUGUGAUUUGCCCAUUUCUUGAGUCUCUGACUCUGAGGUUUCAGGUGAUAUCUGACAGGGUUGUUAGAAAUCUACUGGAAUCAUCGGUAAAUCUUCAGGUGCUUUGCCUGCACUAUUGUCUUGGCAGUUUAACUUCAUUUAUCUUUCAAGCAAAGGCACCAGCAUUAAGAAUAUUAUGCCUUCAGUGGGUUACUCCUUGGAUUACAAACGAUGACUUGACAAUCCUUACAAAGAAUUGUAAUCUAGUUGAACUUUCACUGUCUGGUUGCAAACUCCUUGACUCCAGCUGUCAAGAGAUAAUUGCGUCUGGGUGGCCAAACUUGGUGCUUUUACACCUUGAGGACUGUGGCCAAGUAACACUUGGAGGGGUUUCUUCUAUUUUAAAUUGUAAAGCUUUGGAAGAUGUCCUAUUGCGGCACACGGGUAGAGGCAUCAGAAGGAGCAUAGUAGACGAUGCUAUCAGAGAGUUACCACUACUACGGAAGCUGGCUUUGGAUCUUUGCGAUGCUUGUGAAGAAGGUUAUGAUAGCCCAAGCAACGCAGAGGGGAAGAUGAUGAGAAGCCUAAGGAUGAGUAGAUGCAAGACGUUGAGGGGGUCUUGUUUGGAGCUCCCCAGUGAAGGGUCCUCAAAGCCGGUGCACAAGGACACCGUGGUGCUGGAAUGGAGCAGCACAAGGAUGACAACCACCAUAGUAAAAGAGAGAGUUAGACCAACAAACAGGCCUGAAAAGAGAUGGUCCGGCCCGGCCCGGCCCAUAUCGCUCGCCCACCUGGGAGGCUGGGACCGCCGCCGCCGCCGCCGGUUGGAGUUGGAGAUGUCCCAUCCCGCCGACUCCGCCUCCACGCCGCCGGCUCCAAACGCCGGCACGCCACAAAGGGGGCGGGACAAGGUGGUGAUUGUGAUGGGCGCCACGGGCGCCGGCAAGUCGCGGCUGGCCAUCGACCUCGCGGCCCACUUCGCCGGCGUCGAGGUGGUCAGCGCUGACUCCAUGCAGGUCUACCGCAGUCUUGACGUCCUCACCAACAAGGUUCCUCUGCACGAGCAGAAAGGUGUUCCUCAUCAUCUCCUUAGCGUGAUCGAUCCCUCCGUCGAGUUCACUUGCCGCGAUUUCCGCGACUAUGCCGUGCCGAUCAUACAGGAAAUACUGGAUCGCGGUGGCCUCCCUGUUAUUGUUGGCGGUACAAACUUCUACAUCCAGGCCCUUGUUAGCCCAUUCCUCUUUGAUGACAUGGCACAAGAUAUGCAGCACUCUACUUUGAAUGAUCACCGAGAUGAUAUAGGGCUUACCAGUGAUGAUGAAGGCGGUGGGUAUGAGCGCUUGAAGGAGAUCGAUCCUGUCGCAGCCCAAAGGAUCCACCCAAACGACCAUAGAAAAAUAAAACGCUACCUUGAGUUAUAUGCGACCACAGGUGCCCUACCCAGCAAUCUUUUCCAAGGAGAGGCUGCUAAGAAAUGGGGCAGGGCUAGUAACUCCAGAUUCAACUGUUGUUUCCUGUGGGUAGAUGCUGAUCUUCAAGUUCUGGAUAACUAUGUGAACCAAAGGGUUGAUUGCAUGAUGGAUGCUGGCUUGCUAGAUGAAGUAUGCAAUAUAUAUGAUCCAAAUGGUGUUUACACCCAAGGGCUGCGGCAGGCCAUUGGGGUUCGUGAAUUUGAUGAGUUUUUCAGAUUAUAUUUAACAAGAAAAGAAUCUGAUAAGGAUAAGGCGACUUCUUCUGCAACUAUGAUAACUGUACACGAUGAUCAACUUAAGAGCUUGCUGGAUGAAGCUGUUUCCCAGCUUAAGACAAACACACGCAGACUUGUUCGACGUCAAAGACGGAGACUGCAUCGGCUGAGUAAAGACUUUGAGUGGAACUUGCAUCGUGUUGACGCAACCAAAGCAUUCUGCUGUGCCACAGGCAACUCAUGGAACAAGGAGGUUGUUGAACCUUGUGUGGAUGUUGUGAAAAGCUUUUUGUCUGACGGUACAACUUGUUUGCCAAGCACAAAUGCCUCAGAUGGUAUUGGAGAAAGAGAGCUGUGGACUCAAUAUGUGUGCGAGGCCUGCGACAAGCGCGUGCUCCGAGGGGCGCACGAAUGGGAGCAGCACAGGCAAGGGCGAAGCCACCGAAAAAGAGUGCAGCGCCUGAAACAGAACAAGAGCCAAAUGAUGAGACCACCAUCAGAAUCUUCGUAAGCAAAGGAAAAAAAAAAGACCCAAGCGGGUAUGAUUGCAAUUUGCAGUGGUGUGCCAUUUGUUUGUUUGUAAUCGGGCUAUAAGCAGUUCAAAAUUUUGAAGGUAGCACCAGUCCAGUCCAUGUCCAUGAGAGUAUUAUACUAUUGUGUGAAUGUAUUGUAUGCUGGUCUCCCAACUUUAUUAUUAUUACUCUGUCUA